UCCAUGGUGGUUGAUGAACAUUAAGAUAAUUGAUCCGAACGAGAUAUAUAACGGCAUUAUUUUGGGCACCGGCUUCACAAUAUUUCGCCCCGCAUUCUAGUUCCCAUUCAGUUGUUUAAUUCGAUAGAUUUUGUGCUGGUGUUUACUGACGUUUUUCGAAGAUGAAGCACGGAGCCCUGUUGAUCGUCAUGUUCGGGCUGAGCGGCGUGCACUGCCUGCCCCGGAUAGACAGCGCGGAGGUCAAAGGUCGUCAAGUGGCCGCGGUCACCAACGCCGUGACCUCGACCGUGGACACGGUGGCCGCCGCCCUCCCGGCCGUCGCCGCCAACGUCGCCGCCAACGUCAACGUCAACACGACCCGAUCGGUGUCCCCCUUCGAGGACGCGGAGGGGGUCAAGGGGGCCGCCGACCACCUCCCGUACAUCCCCAUCGUCCAGCUCAACCUCCUCUCCGCCAUCGGGCACAUCGUCUCCCCGCUCAUCAAGGGGGUCCUCGAACCCCUCCUCAUGAACAUCGCUCUCGCCUGCGUCGGAGCCAUCGUCAAGACCAUCGCACAUCCUG